AUCGCACUUGUCCUUUACCCUGGCAAAAACCCUAGUUAGAUUUAAUCCUCGCAACCCCUCAUCUCAUCUCACCUCGCGCGUUUAUUAAUCAGAUGAGAUCCCCAUCAGAUUCUCUUCGAUCUGUCCUGGCACUGUGACUGUCAGUGCUCUGAAUCAGCCUCUGACAGCAUGACCAACAACCCUUAAACCGCCUCUAGAUUGUGUCAUUGUAUGCGCCGUUGGCCCCAGACUCCAGAGUCAGACGAUUGUCGCCAGUCUCCGCCGUCACGCAACCAGCCCCAGCCCGCCGCCGGCGCUGUGACUUUUGCUCUAUGAUUAGUUUAGCAUCGCUCCACCAGUGUUCGAUCGCUUCUCGAUAAAUCUGCAUGGCUUCCCCCGUCGGAAUGAUCUCCACAUUACCCAUGUCCUUGGAGGUGUCGCAUUUCAGUCCACCUGCUUGCGAUUCGCCCUCUGCUCCCUCAACUUCCUCUCCAUCGCCGUCCCUCGUAUCACCGACAACCGCGCAAAGAAUGAUUGCUCUCACAACUACGGCGACGCCAUCGGUGACGCAGAAUACCAGCUCGACAAGACGGCCGAAACUAUCUUUGCAGACUGCUUCCGUCCCCCUCACAUUUGGGAAUUCCAGCACAGGCUUUGCCAGAACUUGUGCGACAGCCUCGCCCACCGUUCGCAACACUUUCAACAACGCUUAUGAAGUCACACGACCCUUGUCUGCCGUCGACUCGCCGUCCCCCUGCAGGCUCUCUAGCAAAGGCAUUCGCCAUGCUUCCCCAUACUCCUUUAACUGCAACUACUACCGAUCAUCAGAGGUGGCUCCCUAUCAACAGCCCUUAGGAGUGCGCAGUAUUCUUCGCAAUUCUCCUUUAAUGAGACUGUCGGUGACACGACAUUCGGUGUCGAUCUCUGCCGGUGCUGCUUCAGAAAACCGUCGAGUGUUUUUCCCGGCCAGAAAACAGGUUUCAUUCCGCUCCCAUCUCGAGGAGGAGAUUCGCACGGUGCGGUUCGUCGCCCGGCAUUCGGACCUCAACGCCGAUCCGGAACCAGAAUCAGAGGCAGAGAGUGAGUGCGAGAGCGGUUCGGAUUCGAAUGGCUCUCAGUCUGACAGCCAUAGCUCAUCUGGAGAGGAUGAGCGCGACGUCAAAGAACGACCGUACAGAAAAAGACGCAAGUCUGUUCCUAGCGAGCGGCAAAUCCGGGCUGCAGCUCUGAGAGACGGUCUCACUGCCAACUAUUCCGCUGUAUCAGAACCAACGCAAUCAAAACGUCGACGGAAAUGGCGCUGGACUUUAGAUGAGUGUACAGCAUCUAAUACGGUGGACUCUGAGAACCAGCCUCCAUCCCCAUUACAUCCAUUACAGCAAUCAAUUUCACCAAAAAGUAACACUGAAACGAGCUCAUGUACAUUCCUUUGAUGAUUUCUUUUUUUACUACUAGCGAUUUGCAUGAUGUCUUAGCGACGGCGCUCUGGGGUAGCUCAUUGCAUGUUGCGUAGUUGCAACAACCACCAUCAUAUCAUCUUUGUAAUUUCACGAACCUUUCUUAUUCUAUCGACGCACGUCGUGCAUCUCAUUUUCAUUUUUUUCUAUACUUUGCGUUGAGCGCAAAUUUCAGACGCGCUACAGAAUAUUACAAUACCCAAUGAAUGCCCUUGACUCGAAUCCACAUUCUAUUAAUAUUUCUAUCUCAGUUU